AUCAGAGUCGUCCACGAAAGCCGGCCAGCGAGGCCUCGAGACAUCGUCAAGUGUGUCGCAGACAUUCUCUCGGUAGCGAUCCAUAGUGUGUGUCGAAGCGUUAGAACCCCGUGUUUAAAGUUAUAAUUGGCCUGGACCCAAAAGUCCGCGAUGAGGCUUGCCAUACUUGGGUGUCUUGCAAUUCACCUUGCAAUCCUCAGUACAGUCUUUGCAAAGAAGGAUGAUGCCAAAGAUAAGGAAUCGGUUGGCACAGUGAUUGGCAUUGAUCUUGGCACCACGUACUCAUGUGUGGGGGUUUUCAAAAAUGGGCGUGUCGAAAUUAUUGCGAACGACCAGGGAAAUCGUAUCACGCCUUCCUAUGUAGCUUUCACUCAGGAAGGUGAGCGCUUGAUUGGUGAUGCCGCAAAGAAUCAGUUGACCACUAACCCCGAGAACACGGUGUUCGACGCGAAGCGCCUCAUCGGACGUGAAUGGUCGGAGAGCUCUGUGCAACAUGAUCUGAAGUACUUCCCCUUCAAGGUAAUCGAGAAGAACAAAAAACCUCAUAUUCAAGUGCAGACUGGCCAAGGGGAGAAGGUAUUUGCUCCUGAAGAGAUUUCUGCAAUGGUGCUUACAAAGAUGAAGGAGACUGCGGAAACUUAUCUUGGCAAAAAGGUAACGCACGCCGUUGUUACGGUACCAGCAUAUUUCAACGAUGCCCAGCGUCAGGCAACAAAAGACGCGGGAACCAUUGCUGGUCUCAACGUGAUGCGCAUCAUCAACGAACCGACGGCCGCUGCUAUUGCAUACGGACUCGAUAAGAAAGAUGGUGAAAAGAACAUCUUGGUGUUCGAUUUGGGCGGGGGCACCUUCGAUGUAUCUCUUCUUACGAUCGAUAACGGCGUUUUCGAAGUAGUAUCGACCAACGGUGAUACACAUCUUGGAGGAGAAGACUUCGAUCAGCGUGUGAUGGAGCACUUUAUCAAGCUAUACAAGAAGAAGACUGGUAAGGAUAUUCGUAAGGAUAAUCGUGCCGUUCAAAAACUUCGUCGGGAGACUGAGAAGGCAAAGAGGACUUUGUCUACAGCCCAUCAGGCCAGAAUUGAGAUUGAGUCGUUCUUCGAGGGAGAGGAUUUCUCGGAGACGCUCACUCGUGCGAAGUUCGAGGAACUCAACAUGGAUCUAUUCCGUAGUACGCUCAAGCCUGUACAAAAGGUUCUUGAGGAUGCGGACCUCCAGAAAAAGGACAUAGAUGAGAUUGUUCUCGUCGGAGGCUCAACUCGUAUACCGAAGGUGCAACAGCUUGUUAAGGAAUUCUUUAAUGGCAAAGAGCCAACUCGCGGUAUCAAUCCUGACGAGGCUGUAGCUUAUGGAGCAGCUGUUCAGGCAGGAGUUCUAGGUGGUGAGGAGGACACUGGAGACCUCGUACUGCUUGACGUUAAUCCUUUGACUCUCGGUAUUGAAACAGUCGGUGGAGUUAUGACUAAACUUAUUCCCCGUAACACGGUUAUUCCGACGAAGAAAAGCCAGGUAUUCUCGACGGCUUCGGAUGACCAGCACACCGUCACUAUUCAGGUAUAUGAAGGAGAACGACCCCUCACGAAGGAUAACCAUCAGCUUGGAAAAUUCGACCUUACUGGCAUUCCACCAGCGCCACGUGGUGUCCCUCAAAUCGAGGUAACUUUUGAGAUCGAUGUAAACGGCAUCCUCAAGGUUUCCGCCGAGGAUAAGGGAACUGGUAACAAGGAAAAAAUCACUAUUACGAACGAUCAUAACCGUCUCACGCCCGAAGAUAUCGAGAAGAUGAUCAAGGACGCCGAGAGGUUUGCUGACGAUGACAAGAAAGUCAAAGAGAAGGUUGAAGCAAAGAACGAGCUUGAGUCGUAUGCCUAUUCUCUAAAGACUCAAUUAAAUGACAAAGAAAAACUUGGCGGAAAACUAAGCGACGACGACAAGAAGUCGGUAGAAGAAGCUGUCGAAAGGGCAAUCAAAUGGCUAGACUCAAACGCCGACGCGGAGGCUGAGGAUAUGAAAGCUCAGAAGAAGGAGCUGGAGUCAGUCGUGCAUCCAAUUAUCUCUAAAAUUUAUCAAGGUGCUGGAGGACCCUCGCCAGGUGGUGACGGCGAUGAUGCUAGCAAAGAUGAGCUGUAAGCGGGAAUGUGCGAGAAAAUAAUCAAUAAGCAAAGACUUAUCGUUACUCUGUCGAGGUGGUCCGCUGCAACAUCAGGACCGUGGGCAUAAACAAACGAGCCCUGAGAAAUUUUAUAUUUAUAUUACUUUUAGGUUCAAUUGGCGGGUGCUGGAGUUUACAUCCGGACGUGGUGGACGGUAAAUGAGAAAGAUAUUAAUUUUAAAAGCGCAUUCUCUACGUUUAGUGGUACCCAAAAAAAAGAUACAAUAAAAUAAUUCAUUCAAAAGAGCUUUACGAAGCUUUACGUUUAAUGGUACCCAAAGAAGCGCGGGGUGGUCUCCUUUGUAAAUAAGCAUUGUAAUAAACAUAAUGGUUAACAAUUAAAAAUAAACAUAAUGGUAAAAAUAAAAAGGAA